AUGAAUUAAAAUUAUUCAAUACUUCUGGAAUUAACUAAAAAAUAAGAACUAACUUUGGCUAUCGAAAUCGCGGCUAUUUGUGUACCAUCUGUAUUUUUAUUAAUUUUUACUCUUUAUUGUUAUUUGAAGUUUCAGCACUUAAAUAAUGCAUAGUUUAAGUUAGUAACGAGAAUAUUAUUUUCAGAUCUAAUAUAUGAAUCUAUAAUGAGUGUGAUCAGUUUGAGCUACAUAAUUACAUAAAAUGGGAGUGAUGAAGAAACAUCCUUUAGAGAUUCAUACCCAACCUUUUGCUAUAUAGAAGCUUAUUUAUCAAAUUUUUCAAUUUUAACUAGCACAGCUUGGACAUCAAUUAUAUGCCACACAUUAUACAUGCAAGUGUAUAGGAACAUUUCUAAGAUGUAUUAUUAUCAGUACAUAUUUGUUGGUUAUGUGAUUCCAACAAUAAUCAGUUUUAUGUAAAUUUAUGUUUAAUAUUGUAUAUAGACCAUUUUAUGUUGAUGGAUAUGGAGUGACAUAUCCGAUGGAAUCAACAAAUUGCUUUUAUAAUAUGAGGUUGGAGAGGAGAUCUUAUGAUUUGUACAUAACUUUGUGUUAUUAUUUGCCGAUUUGGGUAGCAUUUUUAUAUAACUUGAUAAUAAUAACAUUAGUUGUAAGAAGAAUAUUAAAGCAUAUAACAGACUUUACAAAUAAAACUUAAGUUUUUGCAUUGUUUCUUUAUCCAACAAUAUUAUUCAUUUGCUGGGUGAUUGUAAUCUUACUUUAGUUAUCCUGUAGCCUGGCUUAGUUCAACAAUUUAAUCCAUAAUCUAUUCUAUGGUAAUACUUAUCGUAGUUUUUCUGCAACAUACUUGGUCUGCUGGAUGCUCUGUGUUAUUGCUUUACUGAGAUAUUUACAAAGAUAAGGAUUAAUGGAUGCAAAUUAGAAUAUUAGGAAGAUUUGCCUGAAAGUGACUUUGGUACCCAAACUAGCCAACAAUUAACCUAAGUAGUUGAUUCAUAAAAAUUGUGAAUACUAUUUAAUAAAUAAUAAUAAAUUAUUAAGCGUCAUUUCAUUUUUUAGUGCGUUUGCAAUUUAAUAUUAUAAAAAGAGGAACAAAAAUAUAAGUAAUAUAAUAUUAUUGAAAUGUCAUCAUCUUAAGACUUGGUAAAGUGUUCAUUUAACCCAGACGACAUGGGAUAACUAUUAUAUAAAGAGAAUUAUCAUAAGUAAAUACUGGUUAUUAAGAUAGGUGGAUAAAAGUAUAAGAGUUGAUUGCUAAAGAUCCAAUAUUGUAAAAUAAUGUAGCAGAUUAUGGAUAAAGCAGAGAUAAAUUAUAUGAAAUCUAUUGCAAGAAGGCUUAUAAACUACAUAAAUUACUAAAUUAUAGUGACGAGAUGAUUCCAGGUAUGGUGAACAGUCAAUUCCCAGAAACUGUGGUGACUGUGUUACAUUAAACCAUGUUUAUACCCACAAUCAAAUAUUUGGGAACUGAAAAGUAAAUAGAGAAAUGGAUCCCUCCUUCCUUAAAUUAUGAGAUUGUGGGAUGCUAUGCUCAAACUGAAUUGGGGCAUGGAUCAGAUGUCUAAAGUUUGGAAACUACUGCUGUUUAUGAUAAAAAUACAGAAGAAUUCAUCCUCAACUCACCAACUAUUUCAUCAACUAAAUGGUGGAUUGGAGACUUGGGAUUGACAGCCACACAUGCUGUAACACAUGCUUAAUUGUUCAUUAAUGGAAAACACUAUGGAGUCCAAACAUUUAUUGUCUAAGUCAGAGACACACAUACUCAUCUACCACUCAAAGGAAUUGAAGUUGGAGAUGUAGGACCUAAAUAUGGUUAUAAUACUAAGGAUAAUGGUUAUCUUAGAAUGAACAAUGUCAGAAUUCCUAGAGAAUAAAUGCUUAUGAGGUAUUCCAAAGUAAGCAAAGCUGGUGAAUUCAUUAAGGCCUAAAAUGAAAAGAUUGGAUAUGCCACCAUGAUGUAAGUAAGAACCUCAAUCAUUUAUAAUACCUAUGUCUCAUUGGCAUAAGGAUUAUCUAUUGGAGUCAAGUAUUCUCAUUUUAGAAGACAAUUUAAAGAUAAAAAUGGCAUUGAAAGACCUAUUAUUGAUUAUUAAACUCAAUAAGAUAAAUUAAUUCCCUUAAUAGCAGAUUGCUAUGCCUAAGGUUUCGGUUGUUUGAGAAUUAAAGAUAUUUUGACAGAAAAUCUAAGAAGGAUCACUGAAAAAAACGAUUUUUCUUUAAUGGGAGACUUACAUGCACUAUUAUGUUGUUGUAAGGCUGUUUAUACUUGGAAUACUCAUUUUGGCUUAGAUAAAAUUAGACAAUCUUUAGGUGGACAUGGAUUUUUAUAAUCUUCAGGUGUUGUUAGUAUUUAAACAGAAUUUGCUCCAAGUUGCACAUAUGAAGGUGAAAAUACUGUUCUAUUACUAUAAACAGGCAGAUACCUAUUAAAAGCUUGUAAUAAAGCAUAAAAACACUAACCAAUCAAUGAGAAUGUUGAAUAUCUCUAUAAUAUUUAAUAAACUUUAUCUUAAAAAGCUACUUUCACAAGAGCAGAAUAAUUGUUGUGCCCUGAAAUCAUUAGAAAAUUAAUGAGAUUGCAUGCAGCCUUUUAUGUCAAUAAAAUGAUGCUUAAAAUGAUGGAAAAAGGUAUCAUUUUAAAAUUAUUAAAUUAGCUGGUGAACAUGGACCCAAAGAAGCAUGGAACAAACAUGUAGGUGUUUCAAUAACUGAAGCUUCUAUUGCUCAUACUUAUUAUUGGACAUUUAAAACAUUCUUAGAUACAUUAAUAAAGUAAAAUUGUUAAUUAAUUUUUAGAGUCUAGGAUGAGAACAUUAGAUCAGUCUUAUCUAAUUUAUGUUGCUUGUAUGGUUUACAAAGAAUCAUUGAUUGGCCAAUAGGAUAUUUUGAAGGUGGAUUUUUGAAUGGGGAAUAGUUGGAAAUCAUUUUGAAUGCCAAAGAACAUAUCUUCACUCUUAUAAAACCAGAUUUACUUGGACUUGUUGAAGUAAGAUUAAUAAUUUAUAGAUAGUCGUUUAAAUUCAAUGACAAUGCUUUGAGAUCAGAUCUAGUAGAUGCCAAGCCUUAUGAAAAGUUACUGCAAAGUGCAAAAUUAAGUUCUGUAAACAACGAAGAGUACUAAAAUAAAUUAAGAUCAUUAACAAGAUAACUUAGAGAGAUCCCAAAGCUGUGA